UGUACAGACUGCUGCCGCGCCAGCUGGCCAGGUUGCUCUGAUCACCACCACAGCAGCAUGCAUGAUGGACCUCAGAAGAUACCCACUGGACGAGCAAAACUGCACCCUGGAAAUCGAAAGCUAUGGCUACACUACGGAUGACAUUGAAUUUUACUGGCGUGGCGGGGACAAGGCUGUCACUGGCGUGGAAAGGAUCGAGCUCCCACAGUUCUCCAUUGUGGAGCACCGUCUGGUCUCCAGGAAUGUUGUCUUCGCCACAGGUGCCUAUCCUCGACUCUCAUUGAGUUUUCGGUUGAAGAGAAACAUUGGUUACUUCAUUCUUCAGACGUAUAUGCCCUCAAUACUGAUCACAAUACUCUCGUGGGUGUCCUUCUGGAUCAAUUAUGAUGCAUCUGCUGCUCGAGUUGCCCUUGGGAUCACCACCGUGCUCACCAUGACAACCAUCAACACUCACCUUCGGGAGACUCUGCCCAAAAUCCCCUAUGUCAAAGCCAUCGACAUGUACCUGAUGGGCUGCUUCGUCUUUGUAUUCCUGGCCCUUCUGGAAUAUGCCUUUGUCAAUUACAUUUUCUUUGGAAGAGGUCCCCAAAGGCAGAAGAAGCUUGCAGAGAAGACAGCCAAAGCCAAGAAUGAUCGUUCAAAGAGCGAAAGCAACCGGGUGGAUGCUCAUGGGAAUAUCCUAUUAACAUCGCUGGAGGUUCACAAUGAAAUGAAUGAGGUUGCAGGCAGUGUUGGUGACACCAGGAAUUCAGCAAUAUCCUUUGACAACUCAGGAAUCCAGUAUAGGAAACAGAGCAUGCCCAGGGAAGGGCAUGGGCGGUACAUGGGAGACAGAAGCAUCCCGCACAAGAAGACCCAACUACGGAGGAGGUCUUCACAGCUCAAAAUCAAAAUCCCUGAUCUAACCGAUGUGAAUGCCAUAGACAGAUGGUCCCGGAUCGUGUUUCCAUUCACCUUUUCUCUUUUCAAUUUAGUUUACUGGCUGUACUAUGUUAACUGAGUGACUGUACUUGAUUUUUCAAAGACUUCAUUUAACACUGAGUGAAAUAUUACCCUGCCUGUCA